AUGUCCAAUAAUAAGGAGAGCUCUCAUGCCGCCGAGACUCCCGUUUCGGCUCAUGACGCGCAAGGUCCUGGCGUAACACCAGGACUUGGAAGUCCAGGUGUCCAGCGGAUCGAGGCUCUUUCAUCUCACCUACAUAUCCUCGACCGUGUGUUUCUCUUCUGUGGUAUAUUUCUCAUUGCCUAUGUCUACGGCCUCGAUAGCCUAUUGCGGGGCACUUAUCAGCCAUACGCUACGGCAUCAUAUAAAUCACAUAGUGUGUUAUCGAGUGUCGAUAUCCUCAGAGCGGUCAUUGCAGCAGCAGCGCAGCCGACUGCAGCUAAGAUCGCCGAUGUUUUUGGGAGAGUGGAGUUGAUUUUGGUCUCGAUAUUUUUCUAUACCCUUGGCACUAUUGUUGAGGCGUCUUCAAGUACGGUCGAGCAGUUUGCUGCGGGCGCUGUGCUUUACCAGAUUGGAUACACGGCUAUUAUCCUGCUGGUCGAGGUUUUGGUUGCGGAUGUCACGUCGCUUCGCUCCCGUCUGUUGUUCUCAUAUAUUCCAACACUCCCAUUUUUGAUCAACACUUGGAUUAGUGGAAACAUAACUGGGGCUGUGCUGAAAGUGACUACCUGGCGCUGGGGAAUCGGCAUGUUUGCGAUAAUCUAUCCUAUCUGUACGCUCCCUCUUCUCAUGGUCCUUUACAUAGUGUACCACAGAGCGAAGAAGGAUGGUACAGUGGAUCAUAUCGCAGGCGCCUUUCGCACGUUGGGUGUUCGGCGACUGGCGAUUGAGUUGUUUUGGCAACUGGACGUGAUUGGUAUUAUCCUGAUGAUCACUUUUCUUGCCAUGAUCUUGGUUCCUCUCACGAUAGCGGGCGGCCUAGAUUCCCAGUGGAAGAAAGCAAGGAUUAUCGUUCCUCUCGUUUUGGGGCUGUGUUGUAUUCCCGCAUGGGUUAUUUGGGAGAGAACCUGCAAGCAUCCUAUGGUCCCAUUCAAGCUUCUAAAGGAUAGAGCGGUCUGGGGUGCCUUGGGAAUUGCUGUUAUGCUGAACACUGCAUGGGCUCUUCAAAGUGAAUAUCUCUACACCGUUCUCAUUGUUAGCUUUGGUGAGAGUAUUACAAGCGCAACCAGGAUCAGGUCUCUUUAUAGCUUUGCCAGUGUUCUCACUGGAUCCAUUUUAGGCCUUGUAGUCUACAAGGUCAGGCGACUCAAGCCAUUUAUCGUUGGAGGUACAUUGUUGUUCAUGGUGGCUUAUGGAAUCCUGAUCUAUUACCGUGGAGGGCCCACAUCGUCGAGUCAUUCGGGGAUAAUUGGCGCCCAGAUCCUUUUGGGGAUUGCUGGAGGAUUGUUUCCCUAUCCUGCGCAAGCCAGCAUCCAAGCUGCCACCAAACAUGAGCACUUGGCCGUUGUCACUGGAUUAUUCCUGGCCUGCUACAAUAUCGGCACUGCAAUCGGAGGAAGCAUUUCUGGAGCCGUCUGGACCCAAGUUCUCCCCGGAGAGUUGAAUAGUAGACUCGGCAACGCCACAAUGGCAGCUCAAGCAUAUAAGGACCCGUUCACAUUCAGUACUACUUACCCAAUUGGGACCCCGGACCGUGAUGCCGUGGUAGCUGCUUACAAGCAUACGCAGCGGCUGCUGUGCAUUACCGGCAUUUGCUUGACCGUGCCGCUGGUUGCAUUUUCUCUCUGCACCCGCAACUUGGUUUUGACGAAAGAGCAAAGUUUUGCACAUGCGGAAGAGGAUACUGAUGAAGCUUGA